CUCCUCACGGGUGGUUCAAUAAUUCCUACGGCGAAAGGUGGGCUGAUGGAGACGGUCAUCCAAACGUUCUUUUCUCAAAUCCAAAAGGAGCUAUCUACGUAAUGCUGAUGGUCAUCUGGUCACUGACAUGAACCAGGCUACGCAUUCUGUGAAAUGGGUUCUUUUAGAUUUCCUGCAUAGAUGCAAUGACUUGAGGACCUUCAAGCAAAUCCAUGCAUAUCUGUUAACUUCUAGUCUUGUUAGUAACGACCUAGUGAUUACGAAAGCCGCCAACUUUUUCGGAAAACAUGUCUGUGAAAUCCAAUACACGUGCAAUUUCUUGAAACAUUAUGAUUGGAGCUCCAGCUCUUUCCCAUGUAAUUUGUUGAUUUCUGGUUAUGCCUCCGGUGAAAUCCCCUGGGCUGCGAUAUCACUUUAUAGAUGGACUGUUAGAAAUGGGUUUGUGCCUGAUGUCUAUACAUUGCCAGCUGUUUUGAAAUCCUGUGCUAAGUUUUCAGGGAUUAGGGAGGUUAGGCAGUUUCAUUCGGUAGCUCUCAAGAGGGGCUUAUGGAGUGAUUUUUAUGUGGGGAACACCCUGGUACAUGUUUAUGGCACGUGUGGUGAUUGUAUUGGCGCAGGUAAGGCGUUUGAUGAUAUGCUUGUAAGAGAUGUGGUCUCUUGGACUGGAUUGAUAUCUGGAUAUGUGAAGGCAGGUUUGCCUAAUGAGGCCAUUGCAUUGUUUUCAAGAAUGGAUGUGGAGCCUAAUGCAGCAACAUUUGUUAGCAUGCUUGUAGCUUCUGGGAAAUUGCUCGAUGUAAACUUGGGGAAGGUGAUUCAUGGAAAGAUUUCAAAAGUUACGUGUGGAAUGGAAUUGAUCUUGGGUAAUGCUUUGAUGGAUAUGUACAUGAAAUGCGCGUCUCCAUCUGCAGCAAAGCAAAUAUUUGAUGAGCUCCCAGAAAAAGAUAUUAUUUCUUGGACUACUAUGAUUCAUGGGUUGGUGCAAUGUCAACGAUCCAAGGAAUCACUGGACUUGUUCUGUGAAAUGCAGAACUCUAGUUUUAAGCCUGAUAGGAUUAUACUGACUAGUGCGCUUUCCGCUUGUGCAAGCCUUGGACUUCUUGAUUAUGGCAUUUGGGUCCACGAAUACAUUGAGCGUAACCAUAUCAAAUGGGAUGUAUUUAUAGGAACAGCAUUGAUUGACAUGUAUGCAAAAUGUGGUUGUGUAAAGAAGGCACAACGGAUUUUCAAUGUGAUGCCUUUUAGGAAUGUUCAAACGUGGAAUGCUUUUAUAGGCGGUCUAGCAAUAAAUGGAUAUGGGCAAGAUGCACUGAAACAAUUUGAAGAGAUGAUCAAAUCUGGAGCAAAUCCAAAUGAAGUGACAUUUCUUGCUGUUUUGACAGCUUGUUGCCAUUCUGGCUUGGUAGAGGAAGGCCGUAGGUACUUCCAUCAUAUGAGAGAUCGAAGCUACAAUCUCUCUCCUUGGUUAGAACACUAUGGUUGUUUGGUUGAUCUAUUCUGUAGGGCUGGAUUGGUGGGGGAAGCUCUCGAGUUGAUAAAAACAAUGCCCAUGGCACCUGAUGUACAGAUCGUGGGAGCUCUUUUGAGUGCAUGUAAUACUUAUGGGAAUGUUGGGAUUUCUCAAAACAUGCUAAAAUUUCUUUAUGAUUUUGAAUACCAAGAUAGUGGCGUAUAUGUGCUUCUAUCUAAUCUAUAUGCAACUAAUGAGAAGUGGGCAGAAGUAAGAAAAGUGAGGAGGUUCAUGAAGGAGAAAGGAAUAAGCAAGAAUCCCGGUUCAAGUCUAAUAAGGAUCGAUGGUAAGAAUCAUGAAUUUGUCAUUGGAGAUAGUAGCCAUCCACGAAAUGAGGAUAUUCAUGUACUAUUAAACAUCCUUACCAAUCAAAUAUCCCUUGGGGCAUGUUGAUACCCUUACUUGAUCAAACAGUAUAUCUCCAUCUCUCCUUCUCCACAAAGUCUGCAUCAAGGAAUCGAGCAACAAAAGCCCAGAGUUUGUG